UUCUUUAGUUUCUCCGGGCGCAGCCUGCGCGCAGUGUUGCACGAUCCGUGGAGGGAUUAAAAGCCACAACCGCUGGGGACCAUGUUUUCCAGGAGCCUGACCGUGUGCGCGACCCUGUGUUUGUGGAUUACAGCGUUGACGAGCGGCGCCGGGAGCGCGUCCGGGAGGAAGCAGGACGAGUCUUUCUUCACCAGCAGCGUUUACCGAGCGAGAUGCGCUUCGAGGUGCCUCAGUCUGCACAUCACUCGCAUCUCCGCCUUUUUCAAGCACUCUCAGAAUAAUGGAUCCUUGGUUUGGUGCCAGAAUCACAAGCAGUGCUCCAAGUGUCUGGAGCCCUGCAAGGAAACCUGGGACCUGAAGGAAAACCAGUGCCAGGAUUUAUGCGAGCCGCUCUUUCCCAAGAAGCACUACGAGUGUCUCACGAGCUGCGAGUUCCUGAAGUCGGUGGAGGGCGUGAAGCAAGGCGACUGCCCCGCCCCCGAGAAGGCCAGCGGCUUCGCCGCGGCCUGCGUGGAGAGCUGCGAGGAGGACGGAGAGUGUUCAGCUGUGAAAAAGUGCUGCUCCAACGGCUGUGGCCACACCUGCCAGGUGCCUAAGAACCUCUACAAAGGAGUCCCUCUGAAGCCCAGGAAAGAGCUGGGUUUUGUGGAGCAGCCGUCGGGCCAGCUGGAGAUCCGUUGGUCCUCCAAGUUCAACAUUUCUGUGGAGCCCGUCCUCUACGUGGUGCAGCGACGCUGGAAUUAUGGCAUCCACCCCAGCGAGGACGAUGCCACUGAGUGGCAGACCGUGGCACAGACUGCAGAAGAGCGCGUCCAACUGGCCGACGUCAGAGCCAGCAGAUGGUACCAGUUCAGAGUUGCUGCAGUCAAUGUCCACGGGACCCGCGGAUUCACUGCUCCCAGCAAACACUUCCGCUCCUCCAGAGAUCCAUCCGCCCCUCCCAGACCGGCGGGCUUGCGUGUCAGCAACGUGACGCUGGGCGACGAAGGCCUGGUGACAGCCCGUCUGAACUGGACCCUGCCAGAGGAGCCCGAUAUCCCCAUUCAUCACUACAAAGUGUUCUGGAGCUGGACGGUGCCCACCAAGAGCCUGGUGCCAUCCAAGAAGAAAAGGAGAAAGACCACCAACGGGGCUCAGAGCUGGGUGGAACUGGAGGGACUGCAACAAAACAGCAGUUACACCGUGGAGCUGCAGGCCGUCACAUACUGGGGACAGGUGCGUCUGAAGAGCUCCAAGGCUUCCCUUCACUUCAGCACCUCCAAGAAUAAUGAAUCAGUAAAAUCGGUGCUCAAGUCAAAGAAGGAGGAGAUAUCCCCUCUUGGUUCGACCUUGGCCAAGCGCCCCUCUGGCCCGCUCGAGGUAGGCACGCCCUUUUACCAGGAUGGCCAGCUGCAAGUCCGUGUCUACUGGAAGAACCGGGGAGACCCCACUGUGAGUCGCUACCACGUCCAGUGGAUGCCGGAGUACUGCGGCCACAACGAGACCCGAGGACCGGAGAAAUCCGUCACGCAGGAGAACUACAUCAACCUCCCGGGCCUGCUGUUCUCCUGCAAGUACAAAGUCACCGUUCACAUGCUCAAGUCCAAAAGACGCUCCAAGGACGAAAGCACCACCUUCCUCACGCCGUCCUGUGCCACCAUCCGCAGCAAGGCUCAGAAACACGUCCCCUGCCCAGGGGAGGGAGCCCCGGGCGCUCCGAAGGUUCUGGCUAAGCCGGAGAACCUGACGGCCUCUUUCUCCAUCGUUGAGGGGAACAUCACCGGCAGCUUCCUGUGGCGCGUGUCUAAGCUGGCCCCCCAUCAGCGAAUCACAGGCUUCCAGGUCACCUGGGCCGAGAUCACCACUGAAAGCCGGCAAAACAGCCUGCCCAACAGCAUCAUCUCCCAGUCCCAGAUCCUUCCUCCGGAUCAUAACUCGCUCGUUGUGUCCAACCUGCGGCAAUCCACCUACUACAGGCUGGAGGUGCAGGUCAUAACAACCGGAGGGGAAGGUCCUGCCACCGUCAAGACCUUUCAGACCCCCAAAAUAUUACCAGUCAUUCAACACCGACCCAGACUGCGGCAGCAUCACUCCCACCACCAGAAGCCAUCAGUAGAGAGGCACUGAGCUGCGACUCGAGGCGAACCCAAUAGGGAGAAGCAUUAGUUGCUCUCGGCUCCCGUCUGUCCGGGAAGGAACGUGUGGAACCAAACAGAAACACAGCGCACCGGACCACAAACUGACCCCCGCUCCCCACCACCCACCCCCAUCCCUCCCUCCGCUUGUGAAAUAUGGGUCCAUCGUCUCCCGGCUCCGCAACACAUCAGCUAUUCCCUCGUAACCCCUCUCCCUUGACUGCUACGUGUCAGUGGACGGGUUGCUCUGUACAGUGAAAUUUAACCUGCAAGGUCUCAUAUUCUGCGUCUGUUUAGUAUACAGCUUCCCGAACACAUCUCUGACUCAUCAGGUUAGUGAGUUCUGGGAAGCCUUUAAAUAGUUGUGAUCCAGCUGUCCUCAUACGCAGCCGUAAGAUAUUAAGUGAAUUUUCAAUUUGUCGAUGUUCAGCCAGUUGAUCAGCAGCGAGGAAUUAGGUCAUGGUCUCCAGAGAAAAGCAGUCAGUGAUGACCGAAGAUGGAUGGUAGGAAAUGCCAGAACGUAAAGGUUUUUUCAUUCACCGAGAAAGAACAGUAGAAAUUCCUCUAUUUAUUUGUGUUACCCGUUAAAGAGGCGCUUAGGCAUACAGUCAGUACUGAUGGAUAAUGUAACUAAAGUCAUCGUUGUCUAACCCAGAAUAUUUCACAUAGUAUGUUGCAUGUGGUACAUUUGAUUUUCUUGAACUGUAAAUGAAUUACUCGCUUCAAAUUGAAGGCUUGUAAUGGUUUUGCAUGACAACCGUUAGCAUCUGUUGGCAUGAAAUAAUGUCUGUGUUACCUCUUUUCAGUAUGUUAGCAAUAUUUCAUUAAAAGAUUAACAAAGAAUUAUAAUGGGAGUAAUACAUGUUUAUUAAUGAAAUUAUAACUUGUGUGGAAAUGAUGAAUUGUACAUGUUCUUGGCUGUAGAAAUAUUUGUCGUGGAACAGUCAGUGAAUGUCUAUAUUUAUUUAUGUGUGUAUUACAAAGUUUGGUUUGGAUGUGUGUGAAUGUGUAUGUUCCGUGUGUUCUAGUCGCAAGUUUUUGAACCGGCAAAAAAAUCUUGUAAAGACAUUUUGUAAAAAUGGAAUUGUAAAUACAGUCUAAUGUUACAUGUUAUUUUUCCAUGGUAGACACUGUAAAAAUGCUAAGUAAUAAAAUAAUCCUUAACCAGUUA